AAACAUACCACCCACCUUACGCGCCAUCUUCUUGCUAAUAACCGGUCGUAAAAAACCUUGCGUUAAACCGCGCUACAGUUUCUUUUUCUUUCAAAAUACUAUUUCUCAUUAGCAAUACUGAACAAUGAGUGACAUUGAGGACGGAAACUACGAAGCACGGGGGUCACGGUCCCCAUCUAAAUCGGAUCAUGGGAGUCCAGCUCGGGUCAAGUCGGAGAGCAGGUCAGGCUCCCCGAGUCCAUCCCGGGCCUCCAAACGCUCUGAGUCCAGAUCCCACUCUCGGUCAAAAUCUAGGUCUCGUUCUAGGCGGCACUCAAACCGCCGCUAUAGCCGCUCUCGCUCUCGGUCCUAUUCCCACCGGAGGAAGUCCCGCUCUCGUUCCUACAGCCCUGAAUACCGCCGCCGGAGGAGCCAGAGUACAUCCCCUAUGUCAAACCGCCGCCGUCACACUGGCAGCAGGAGCCAUGACUUCACAAAAGAAGCAUACAGUCAUGGCGGUGAUGCUGAUGUUAGGGCGAACCCUGAUCCGAGCACAUGUUUGGGGGUAUUUGGCUUGAGCCUGUACACAACAGAGCGCGACCUGAGGGAGGUGUUUUCCCGCUACGGUCCUCUGGCCGGGGUCAACGUGGUGUACGAUCAGCGCACAGGUCGCUCCCGUGGCUUUGCCUUCGUUUACUUUGAGAGGCUUGAGGAUUCCAAAGAGGCAAUGGAGCGAGCCAAUGGCAUGGAGCUGGACGGGAGGCGCAUCAGAGUGGAUUACUCCAUCACCAAACGUCCCCAUACUCCCACACCAGGAAUCUACAUGGGCCGACCGACUCACAAUGGCGGUGGGGGUGGCGGCGGCGGCGGUGGCGGCAGCAGCAGCAGGAGGGGGAGAGACUCCUACUACGACCGUGGCUAUGACCGCUAUGAGAGAUACGACGAAUAUGACUAUAGAUAUAGUCGCAGACGCUCUCCAUCACCCUACUACAGUCGAUACAGGUCCCGCUCAAGGUCUCGCUCUUACAGCCCACGACGAUACUAAAUUUCUUCUUUCAAUAUUCAGCUUCCCUCCAACAAUUGAUGGUGUGUGAUUCAUCAAGGGGUUUCAGAGGGGAACGUUUUGAAUAAGCAUGUCUAUAUCAAUAGAACUGUUAAGUUUGAGGUAGUUCUUGUUUACAUGCAAUAGAUGUCUUAAUUUUUAGACAUUUUGAUGCAUCCAUGUCGAGUGUGAGCAAAGAGCUCAGCGACCGUUGCUCAAUCUUGCUUCAUCCUUGGACUUGCAUCCUUCCUUCCCUCUUCGUUUUCUACAGCAUGGAUUGCCGUUUUCUGGUCCGUGAGGGUUUGCUAGAUUUAUUGCACCGAUCACUGUUAACACUCUUUGUGAUGGGGAAAGAAAGGAUUUUAAUAAAUAAUGGUGACACUUGAUUUUACAACUUGUAUUAAGUAGUUCUAAGAAUGCACUCUGUGUAUGAACAGCAAGAAUAACAGAUGUGUUCUCAUAUUACUUGGCAUUAACUGAGUUUACUGGUAAGUAGCAGGUAACUCGGGCUGUAAAAUGAAGUGUUACCAGCAACCAGCAGUUGGGUCUCUGUUCACAUUCACAGCCACCUUUUAUUUUUUUGUCAAGGGAAGUCUUUGUUUUCAGAGUUUUAAUAUCAUGUAUGACAUUUUUUUAUUGUUGUUUCUUUGUAUGGAAAUACAAAUAUAUGAAAACUCUCAA